CGCGGAGAUGGCGCGGGAGGCGCGCGGACAGAGUCGGUGAAGGCAGUCGCGUGGCUUUCGUUCUUUGAGGGAAGUGGAGAAAUAGCCUUAAAAGUGGAAGGAAAUGAUUCUGAUGUGAAUAUUUACAAGAUGGCACAAAAAUUUCAUGUAAAGUUUAAUGAAUCAUUGAGAAGCCCAUGCACAAUUCCCAAGUUAAGAAGCUCUUUACUUGAAAAUAAGACAUCAGCACCAUCCAGGAACUUCUUAUUUUGUGACCAGACUAAAGAAUUCUUUGGAGGUCUUGAAAGUGAUUCAAAUGGAAGUAUCCACGUUGGGAACUGUGAUGCCUUUACCAAGCAAGUGAUUGGAUUAAAUGUGAAUACACAGGAGUUGACAGGGAAUUUGGAGCAUUUGAAAGGAACAUGCAACUUAUCACCCUCAGUAAAGGAAACCAAAACUGUGUCCGAUGCAGCCUUGGUCCAUGUAAAGGAAAAAAAGUUCCAGAGUUCUCUUGAACAUGCUUUACCUAUGGGUUGUGAUCCACAAUUGUUGAAUUCAGUAAAUACUUUACAUCAGCCCACAUGCCAUUUCUGUGGAUCAUUUGGGUUCUUGAGAUGUACACAGUGUAAGCAUGUAUAUUAUUGUUCUGUGGACUGUCAGAAGAAACAAUGGGAAGAACAUAGUUUUGAGUGCAAACCAUUUAAAUGCAAUACAGACAUAGCAGAAGAUAAAGAAAAAUCACUGGAUAAAAUCAUGACAAAGGCCAAUUUAUUACCUAUGGUUAAUAGUUCAGCACAAGAUGAAGGCAAGAAAAUAAUGUUCCUUGAGUUAAAUACAUUGCGGCUCAAGAGAAACAUGAUAAUAGAGGGGACAGUAACUGUCUUCAACAAUCCUUAUGAUUUCUACGUGCAAAUAAACUCGCCUGAGGUUCUAAAUAAUAUCAACAAACUUAGUGUGAAGUUGAAAGACUAUGAUGGAGUCACUCAAGAGGAAUAUAUUCCUUCCAAAGGAGAAGUUUGUGUUGCAAAAUAUUCCUUAGAUCAGACCUGGCACAGAGUGCUAAUAAAAGAUGUCGAUAUCAUUAAGAAGAGAGCUCAGGUGCUAUACAUCGACUACGGAAACGGAGAAAAUACAUCACUUUGUAGAAUCAAACGCUUGCGCAAAGAUAUUGCUAUCUUUCCACCCUGCGCUGUUAAGUGCUGUGUGGCUUAUGUUACCACAGCUAAAAAAGAAUGGGAUGCAAAUUGCAGCAGUGCUGUUGCUCCACUUCUUAUGGGAAAGUGUUGUUCAUUGACCAUUGUUGAUGUUCUGAUGGAUGAGAUGACAACCUUUGCUGUAGAUAUUGUCCUGCCUGAUUGUGGUAAGCGUUUAAAUGACUUACUGUUGAAAACGGGACAAAAUUUAAAGGAUAUGAAUAACAAAGAAAAUUCAGAUGCUGGUCCAACCAUGGAGAAAAGCUCCACACAGGAAAAGACAAUAGAGGGUAGAGAUGUGGUUCAUAGUGGUUGUCUAAUCCCAGAGAUUAAUACAGUGUCUGUAGGAGAUGCAUUUUUGGGUGUGGUUGCCCACAUACAGACACCCGAAUAUUUUUUCUGUCAACUCCUAGAUAAUGGCCGUAAACUUACUGAGCUUCAGACAUCCCUAAGUGAAUACUGUGACAAAAUUUCUGCUGUCCCUAACUUCUGUCCAUCAGUAGGAGACACAUGCUGUGCUCAGUUCACAGAAGACAAUCAGUGGUAUCGUGCAUCUGUUUUGUCUUAUGCAACUGACAAAACUGUUCUAGUGGGCUAUAUAGAUUUUGGAAAUUUUGAAGCUCUUCAUUUAAGUAGACUUCGUCCAAUAAUCCCUAAAUUAUUGGAGUUACCAAUGCAGGCUAUGAAGUGUACACUAGCAGGUGUAAAUCCAAUAUCUGGAACCUGGUCCACGGAAGCAACUUCUUUAAUGAAAGCACUGGUACAAAAUAAAGUGGUCACCGUAACAAUAGUGGAUAAAAAUGAAAAUACUUUUGUCGUGGAGAUUACAGAUGCAUCGGUGACUCCAACAGUAAAUGUGCAUGAGAGCCUUUUAGAGUCUGGAUGUGCACGGAAAGUUGAUGCUGCCGUCUUGACAGUGCUUGAAAGGAGCACUGGAAUACUGCAAGAGGUGAAGGAUCAAAAGCCGGACAAAGUUGAUUGGUCUUGGGUCACAUUAACACCCAAGCAGGUGGUGAAUGUCAUGGUGUGUAUGCUCUACAGCCCUAGAGAAUUCUAUUGCCAGAUAUUAAACAACCACGACCUGAAGGUUCUAAAAGAACUCAAUGUAUCCUUAGAAGAAUAUUGUCAGAAAACAGCUCCUAGUGUUUCUAAAAUAGCAAAGGGAGAACCAUGCUGUGCUUAUUUUUCAGGUGAUGGUCGAUGGUAUCGUGCUUUGAUGGAAGAGUCCAUUUCAGAUGAAGCCUUUAAAGUUCAGUUUGUGGAUUAUGGAAACAUUGAAGUGGUUACUCAGGAUAAACUCAGACAGAUUUCAUCUACAUUUUUGAAACUUCCAUUUCAAGCAAUCAGAUGUUGGUUAUCAGGUGUAAGACCCAUAAACAAGGAGUGGACCACAGAAGCUGCAGUGGCAUUUCAAAUGUGCACAGCUGGGAAGAAGCUUCAAGCCAAAGUAGUUUCUCUAACCACAGAGGGUACUGAAGUGGAGCUUAUUGACAAUUCUGCUGGCAGUCCCCUAAUGAUCAGUGAAAUUUUAAUUAAUAAAUGUUUGACUUUAAUAAAGGAAGGAUCAUCAAAUCAGAAUGUUCUGCUGGCUGAUUUCCAAGAAGCUGCUGAUUUCCAAGAAAUGUCUUUAUACACACAGUGGACAACAGAAGACAUUCCAGUUAAUAAAGCUGUGUCUGUCCGUGUGUUAGAAGUGAUAAACCCUGGCUUAAUAUAUGUAGUACCAACAGAAGCCAAAGUGGACCCACAGAAGCUGCAUAAAUUAAUGGUUCAACUUGCAGAUUACUCCACCUCUCAAGACAAUCACGUCUUCCAACCAAAAGCUGGUGAAGCCUGUUGUGCCAGAUUCUCAGGUGAUGACCGUUGGUACCGCGCUAUUGUUCUGGAAGUUUUUGUGUCAGAAGUGAAAGUGGCAUAUGCAGAUUAUGGAAAUAUGGAGAUUUUACCGCUUUCUAGGCUGAUACCUAUAACUGCCCCCUACUUGGAACUGCCUUUUCAAAUACUUAAGUGCUCCCUUGCAGGAAUUAUGGAACUGGAUGGAAAGUGGUCUGCAUCUGCAACAGAGAGGCUAAAGGCUCUCUUACUGAAUGAGCGUGUGACUAUCAUGGUGAAAAAAGUUAGUGAAAAUACUCGUGCAGUAAUAAUGAAUAAAAUUUGUGAAAAUAAUAUUCUGAAUGUAGCUGACCAGCUGGUAAUCGAAAAUCUGGCAAAAUACAGCAACAGUGAGAAUCAGUGUGCAAAGAAGACUAGCUGUUGUUGUACAGAGUUACAGAAGCAAGUUGCAACACUUGAAGCAAUUCUCUCUUUUCUUCUGAAAGAUCGUUUUGGUGAAGAUAAAGUUCCUGAGAUCACUCUGUUAAAGAACUAGAACUCUGCUGCAAAGCAUGGCAUUAUAGACUACUUAGUAUUCAUAGUAUCACAGAGUAUCACUGGCUUAAGCCAUUUCAGAAUAAUCAUUGCAGUCAAUAAGGCAUUUUUUAAUUGUUAUGAAUACACUUGAUUUUAUUCAUACAUGGUUUAUUUUCAGACUUAUGCACUCCACUCUGUUUUGGCAGUGCUGAUACUGAAGAUUACUUGGUUGAAGGGGGCUUGGAGCUAACCAGAUUUUGUGAGUUCUGGAUUCAGACAGUUCAACAAAUUCAGGUUUUCUGGCCCGUGAAAAGUAAUUUUGAACUACGAUUUAAUGCUUGAGUUCAGUCCCAGUUGUUGAGCUAACAACAACAAAGUCUUUAUUAUUGGCAUAUAAUAAAAAUGUUUAAAAUAAAAUAAUUAAAAUAUUUUAGAAUGUUGCAAUCAGUUCUGUUCAAGUUGGGUUCUGAUUUACCAAAAGAAAUAAUAUCUUAUCUUCGUCAGUGUGCUGGUAGGUGAACCAGAAAACUUUGUUUUGUUGAAGUGUUCUACUUAGAUGUCACCACAAACUGAUUUCGUCAGUUUCCCUAACGCAGAGGUCUGCAACCUGCAGCUCUCCAGAUGUUCAUGGCCUACAAUUCCCAUCAGCCAAUUGGCCAUGGUGGCAGGGGCUGAUGGGAAUUGUAGACCAAUUGGCCAUGGUGGCAGGGGCUGAUGGGAAUUGUAGUCCAUGAACAUCUGGAGAGCCGCAGGUUGCAGACCCCUGCCCCAAUACAUAAACUCAUCUAUCAGCAUUUGAUGCAUGAAGGUUAUGGGAAGGAAAUGUCUAGCCAGCUAAACAAAAUAGGGUUUUUUUCUUACAGUGAACGAACUUUAGUUUGUUUAUGGCCAUUAAAGUCAGCCUCCAAAUAAAUGUCAGACAUACCAGAGCCACUGAAAUAUAAGCAGUUUAUCAUUGACUUCAAUAGAAUAUUUAAGGCUGUUAUUCAAUUGGAGUGUUUAACGUUUUAGUUUCCACAAAAGAAGAACUAUACAAACAUGAUGACUUCUUGAUUUUUACUAUCUGUCAAUGUAGGUGAUUUUUCCUCAUUUCUUAUUGUAUCCUUCCAACAGUUUAUUACAAAAUCAGCUGUGUCAGUGUUCAUAUGCUGAGUAAAAUUGAGAGAAUACAAAGCAUUGUAUUCUGUACUGUUCCAAAAUAGUAGUUAAUGCAAAGCUGCUGUUUCUGUUUGUUGGUUUCUAAUUCAUGAAGGCCAUAAAGAUUUUAUUUCAGAUUCUGUAUUUAAGUCCUGUAGUGUAUCUGUCUAAUUUGGAAUUUGGAAAACUUUUUUUCUGUAUAGCGGUAGGUCAUUGAAAGCAGUACUUUAAUUUGAUCACCAAAGCUAAUAAAACAAUAAUUUUCUGCAAAAUUGCCUUUUUGGGGAACUGCAAA